ACCAUAUUGACAGAUAGUCAGUUUAUGUCUUUAUGAAAUUUCCAUGUCUUUAUAUAAUAGGAUUCCAUCUUAAGGUAUUUCUGAAUCAUCGAGUGUGAAAGCUACCUCGAAAUUCAAGUAGGAGCUGUGAAGUUCCUUCAACAAAUAGUAUAGGAUAUUUCGAUGUCCAUACUGAGACAAAGAGAGUUUUCUGUGUGAAAGCCAAACCAACUCCACCAACGGGCUGGUCAAUUUGACAAUUUUCUCAUCAUUAAUUAUCUCAUUUCAAAGUUUGAAACUCCGCAUUUCAGAAUACAAGAAGGCCGGAACAUCAAUUGCGAUUUCCGAGCUUUCUUAUUAAGAUUUGGCAGCACAAAAUUGUAAACUAAUUCUUGCCUAUGGCUGAUCCUGACCUUGAAGAUUCUCAACAAGAUUCUCCGAAGGAAACCAGAAUAAACAAACAUGUAUUGGCUUGUUCUCUUUUAGCUUCCCUGACUUGUGUUUCCUCAGGAUAUGGUGCGAUUCAGAAAAAGGUUCCUUGAUGCCAUUCAAUAUUACUUCAGCUCCGAUACAUUCACCAUUUUCUAACUAUUGACUUUGCUUAAUUAUCUGUUUCCAGAUGUUGGGGUGGUUACAGAAGUAGCCAGAAAGGCGCACCUUGACCUCAAAUUCUCUUCAGUUGAAGUUAUAGUCUUCUUUGUGUUUGUUCCCCUGUUCUAUCUUCUUGGUGCCGUAGCUGCUGCCUGGACGGCGGAUCGGAUCGGCCGGCGGUACACGUUGCUUUUCAGCUGUACCAUCUUCUUUGCAGGUUCUGUGCUGAUGGGAUUCGCCACUAACUUUUCUUCCUUCAUGGUUGGCCGCUUUUGUUCCUCCGUCGGAGUUGGCUACGCUGUAAUGGUAGCGCCACUCUACAUCGCGGAAAUCUCCCCUGUUUCGUCCAGUCGUGGAUUCCUCACUUCAUUGCCUGAACUUCUCGUCAAUGUUGGGUCGUUGCUUGGAGGGAUUGUGAGCUACUGUUUACCCAUGAUUUCAUCUCAAUUGGGUUGGCGAUUUAUGGUUGGAAUUGCAGCAUUUGCAUCAGUGUUCUUAUUCAUAGCCUUGUUGAGUAUCACAUCUGAAUCGUCAUAUUGGCUGGUAAUGAAAGACCGACUUCCGGAUGCUAAACGAGUUUUAGAAAAAACUUCAGGGUCAUUUGAAGAAUCCCGGUUGAUAUUUGAAGAAAUCAAAAAGGCUGCCGGAAUUCCUGACCAAAACGGUACCACAGUUUGUGUUGGAUUGAAAGAAUUGCUCAUUCAUCCUUCACCAGCGGUUCGACAUAUGCUAAUUACAGCCCUAGCUGUACAUUUCUUCCAACAAGCAAGCGGGAUCAGCGUAAUUACUUCAUUCACUACGAAUGUUUUCGAAAAAGCAGGGGUCCAAAGGGAAAGCCAUCAGCAAUUCAUCAGUUAUGCCAUCGGACUCGCCGGAAUCAUGUGCAAUUUAGUCGCCACGGCGCUGGUCGACAAGAUCGGACGGCGAGUUUUACUCUUGAGCAGCCUUGCUGGAAUGGCAUUUUCACUAAUGGGAUUUGCCAUUGGCCUUACAAUCAUUCAUCACCAUUCUCAUCAUUCUGAUCAAAAGAUAACCUGGGCACUAACAAUAUGCAUCAUUUGUUCGUUAUUCUGUACCGUGUUUUUCUCAAUCGGGAUCGGGCCGAUUGCGUGGAUCUACAGUUCUGAGAUUUUUCCACCCAGGUUGAGAGCUCUAGGGAGUGGCAUGGCAGCAGCAAUGAAUUUUUUCACCACUGCGAUUGUGGUAUUCAGCUUUGCAGUCUUAAUAAGAUUUAAAACUAGCUUUAACUUUGGUAGUUUAUUCUUUUUGUACACUGGAAUUGCUUUAUCAGGUUGGAUAUUCAUUUACUUGUUCCUUCCUGAAACCAAAGGUAAUAGUCUUCAGGAGAUGGAGAAAUUAUUUCUAGGCCUUGGUCCCUUCUCUGGUAAUCGAAUUAGGAACUCGAUCCAUCACUGGAAUAUUAUCUAAUAAUUAAAUUGUAUGUGUACGAUUCACAGCUUUAUUAUCAUGAACUUUGGAAAUUUUACAAUUACUAGAGGGAGAUAAGGAGAUUAUUCCAUAGGAUCUUAGAAGGACAUCAAGCGGAGGCCGAGUUGAACAAUCAAAGAACAAUGAUAAUGAUUUAGCUUGUAUGACGAUUUUUAGUGUUCAUGUAUGAUGUGGUGUAAUUCGUGACAUUGUAAAUAUUCCUCCACAAAAUACUAAAAUGCAGGCCAAGGAGCCUGAUUGAAAUCAUA